AUGUCUUUGCGGGAACGUGCUGUGGUGCUUGUUGACGGACCUGCCCUAGUACACCGUUGGUACCACCGCUGGACGUACACUAGUAAAAAGACCCCAAUAGAUGUAAAACGGUUUACCAUCACAAAUGCCCGGUACAUCAUUGCCACUGCUCACAGCUUUGAUCCCAGUCAUCUUGCGCAGCACUUACUCUCACCGCAGGUGGAGUAUGCCCACACCCCAAAGCACAACAAAAUUGUUAUUUGCUUCGAUCAAGGUGAUGGUGGUCGACGUGAAAUCUUUCCAAAGUACAAAGAAGGCCGUUUGCAGCGAGAACUAGGCCCAGAACUUUCAAUAAUAAAAAAAGUUGCAACAAAAGUAUUCAUGGGAGAACCAAAAAAUACCCUUAUCAUUGUUCCAGACUUUGAUCCCAAACUGAAGAAUGUGAAUGCAGAGGCAGAUGACAUGAUUGCCACAUUAGCGCUGCACAACCAGCAACUGAAGAUACCCACUGUUGUGAUGUCACAUGACUACGACCUCUACCAGCUUAUUGAUGAGGCAAACAGGUCUUAUCAUUACGACAUCCGCACGAAACAUCUUGUUUCUGAAAAAGGCGUCAUUGAACGUUUAGGUGUGCACCCAAAACUUGUACGUGAUUACAAGUGUCUAGCAGGUGACGCUACUGAUAAUAUUCCAGGUAUAAAGGGUAUCGGUAAGACGCGUGCACUACAACUCUUAAAGAAGUAUGGUGAUUUAGAUGGAGUUCUUACCAAAGGUGUCAAGAAACAAAGUGACCGCGUUGGUGACUUGCUGCGCGCUGGUUGCGCUGAUGCAGAACUUUCCCGACGAUUGGUAGAUCUUCGAGUUUGUCCUAAAGUACUACAGUCAUGCGAAUCGUUUCUGAAGCUAUAG